GAAAAACGUGAGUAGUUUCCGUCGUCACAUGUCUCUUCCGUUUGAGUCUGAGCGGACUUGUUGUGUAACUUGAAUCGGGUGGACUACAGCUGCGUUUUAACAUUUACCAGCUUAAGGUUACCGCGCUACCUUAUUUAAACCCGUUUUUCUUUAUUUCGCUCCGUCUUUGUCGCCGAAACAGCGUUGUAUCCGUUGCUAGGGGCGGUGGCUGGUUCGGUUCUGAGAGGAGGCUAACGGGCUGGUUAGCAUCGCUGCUUCAGGAUGGCGGAGGUUCCAGGGACAUCCAGUGAAACCAUCACAGAGACCGUCCAGACCAGCACCCCGACGCAGCAGCAGCAGCAGGAGGGGCGGAGCCUGACAAUCAAGCUGAGGAAGAGGAAGACGGAGAAGAAAGUAGAGUGGUCCAGUGACACGGUGGACAACGAGCAUCUGGGCAGACGGUCCUCAAAGUGCUGCUGCAUCUAUGAGAAACCCCGACAGUUUGGAGAGUCUUCCUCCGAGAGUGAGGGCGACGACGACGAAGGCUGCGGCAGCGCCAACUGCAUUAUGGGUCACGGCCGCAGAGGUCACGGACAGAGAGGGGAGGGCCAAGGCUCGGGUCCCCCGAACUCCAGGGGCUCCCCCACCCACUAAUGAGCAGCCCGGCUCGGUGUGCGCGCUCGUGAGAGGAGUUCUUCAUUUCAUAGACCCGCAGUUCUCUUUGAGUUGAGCUCCUCUGGGGGAGCCGCAGAUGAGCCCGGCACCAAACGCUUCUGCCAUUUCCCAGACCGUUGUGUCCAGAACCGCCUCCUCGAUUCGAAGAAACCACUAAUCUCCAAUCACUGAACCGCAUGUUUUUACUCUUCUGCAGUAAAUCUCACGCAGCAAAGAACCCCACCCCGCUGAGCUUGACACGUGCUGAGUUGUUUUUUUUUUUUUUUUUUUUUUCCCUCAAACACAAUUUUUCUCGUUGGAUAAAGUGGCGAGAGGUGGCGAAACAGAGAAACAGUAUUGUAAUUAUCGUGGGACGGUCUUGUCUAAAUGCUGCAGUUGUAUAGUCAGUCACUGCUGGUUUGGUGAACAUGAAACCUGAACACAACUAUCUCUUCCUGCCUGGUUAGCAUCAAGCCCCUCCCCUUCAGAGGUUGAAAGGUCACCGGGUGUCAUCAAGCUGCUCUCCUCCCAUGAGGCUGCACUUCAGAAAUGACUUUUUGCUCUCACCUGUCUUAGGUGAUGCUUGUCUAUCUAGUUUGAAAACCACGCUGAUGGGCGUGUUUUAUGAUCUAUAAUUUCCUUUAAGCUUGCACAAUGCAAUGACGACAGCUGGGAGGUUUUCAGUCAAUCACCCAAGCCCCAAGGACACACGGACGUCCCGGCCCAGUCACUAUUACCCUCUCCCACCCCUCCAUAUGUUCUGGUUCCUGUCAUCAUACUAACCCAGGUUAGGUCAUCCAGAAGCUUCCUCACCGCCAUGGUCUUUUGGGGGGUUUUGGGAAACUGGACCUCACAGCUGUACAAACAAUGAUCUACUGAUGUUUGCUGGUGGUGUAAACAGAUCUGCUGCUCCUGAUGUGUGGGAGAAGUCUUCACAAACACGUCAUGAGUGAUGUUUUUGCUUGUAUUGCCAUUCAGUUGUGAAAUAAAUGUUAUUUUUAAGCGAA